AUGGUCGAAGCAAACACGAUCACUUUCAGAAGAGACAAACUUCUUGUCGAAGGCGCAAGUCACAACAAGGCUCUUCACAACACUGUCAAAUACGGGGACAAAUUUGUGUCCCGGGUGCUGGUCGAUGGAGGGUCAGGAGUCAACAUUUGUCUGCUCUCCACCUUGUGGGAGUUAGGAAUUCAUUUGAGGGAAGUCAAGAAAAGCCACGUAAGGGUGAGAGCCUUUGAUGGUUCACAAAAAGAUGUUAUUGGAGAAAUAUAUCUAGCUUUGCAAAUCGGGCCGGUCGAUAUUUCGGUGUUGUUCCAAGUGAUGGACAUCUCCUCUUCCUACAACUUGUUGUUGGGAACUGACAUCAAGACACCGACUAUCAGGGAUGUUGAACCAAGGGAACAGCUGCAGAAUUGGAACUCCAGUCCAUCUUUGGUUCGCCGGGAGUCUUGGAAGUAUGGAACUGUAAAGAAAUUUCUUUUGAAAAGAGCAUGGUCAACUGAGGCAUGUACCGUUAAUCAAACUGAUAAAAAACCGCGUUCCAAAAUUAUGACAUGUAACGAAACCACUGAGCGCAACGACCCGAAUUACGAGGAAUAUGACGAGAGUAUGAUGCCAGACAAUCUCCUACAGGAGAUCGAACAACUGGAGAGUCAGAAAAAGCCCAACCUCAAAGAAUCGGAAGUGGUCAAUCUUGGAAGCGGACUAAGCACUAACAUUGUCUCGCAUCGACUGCCCACUGACCCUACCAGACCGCCGGUCAAGCAGAAGCCCAGAAAGUUCAAACCUGAUAUAAGUCUGAGGAUAAAGGAGGAAGUGACCAAACAAAUAGAAGCAAAUGUAGUAAGGGUCACCAACUAUCCAAGCUGGUUAGCAAACAUCAUCCUAGAGCCCAAGAAGGACAGAAAGAUCAGAAUAUGUGUGGACUACCGAGAUCUCAACAAACCUAGUCCAAAAAAGAAUUUCCCCCUGCCAAAUAUCCACAUCCUCAUUGAUAAUUGCGCGAAGCAUGAACUGCAGUCAUUUGUGGAUUGUUUCGCUGGAUACUAUCAAAUCGUAAUGCACGAGGAAGACGCAGAGAAGACAUCUUUCACCACAUCUUGGGGAUUCUACUGUUAUAGAGUUAUGUCGUUCGGUCUCAAGAACGGCGGCUCCACCUACAUGAGGGCCAUGACCAUCCUCUUUCACGAUAUGAUUCAUAAGGAGACUGAAGUUUUGAAGUUGAACCCAGCAAAGUGUGCGUUCGGAGUCCCCACUGGGAAACUAUUGGGUUUCAUUGUAAGCAAGAAAGGGAUAGAACUGGACCCAUCAAAAAUCAAGGCCAUUCAGGAAUUACCAUCACUGAAGAGCAAGAAAGAUGUCAUGAAUUUCCUGGGUAGAUUGAAUUACAUCAGCCGCUUCAUAGUCCAGUCCACGGUAAUCUGUGAACCCAUUUUCAAGUUGCUGAGGAAAGAUUCUUCCACAAAAUGGACAGAAGAGUGUCAGAAUGCCUUCGACAGAAUCAAGGAGUAUCUGUCAAAUCUACUAGUAUUGGUUCCCCCCAAACUAGGGAAGUCGUUGUUACUAUAUUUGUCAGUCUUGGAUAACGCCUUCGGCUGUGUGUUGGGGCAGCAUGAUGAAACUGGGAGAAAAGGGCAGGGCAUCUACUACUUAAGCAAGAAGUUCACGCCAUGCGAGGCCAAGUAUACCUUGAUAGAACGCAUUUGUGCUCUGACUUGGAUUGCUCAGAAGCUAAGGCAUUACAUGUCGGCAUACACUACGCAUCUGAUAUCUCGGCUCGACCCAAGCAGGAAAGGGAUAGAACUGGACCCAUCAAAAAUCAAGGUCGUUCAGGAAUUACCAUCACUGAAGAGCAAGAAAGAUGUCAUGAGUUUCCUGGGUAGAUUAAAUUACAUCAGCCACUUCAUAGCCCAGUCCACGAAGCUAAGGCAUUACAUGUCGGCAUACACUACGCAUCUAAUAUCUCGGCUCGACCCACUCAAGUACAUUAUUCAGAAGCCAAUGCCUACCGGAAAGCUAGCUAAAUGGCAAAUUCUCCUCAGUGAAUUUGACAUUGUGUACAUAACUCAGAAGGCCAUGAAAGGACAAGCUUUAGCUAACCACCUCGCCGAGAAUCAAGUGGAUGGAGAUUACGAACCGCUUACCACGUAUUUCCCCGAUGAGAAAGUACUAUUUGCCGGGGAGGAUAUUACAGAAACAUACCCUGGCGUGCAUCCGUGGAAUCAGAAUGGCAGUCAACAUGAACAUCAAAGAACAUUUGGUCUUUGGAGAUUUCGAUUUGCUGAUACACCAAGUCCAAGGAGAAUGGUCCACCAGAAUGUGAAGAUACUUCCAUACCUGCACUGCGUGAAAGAGUUGUGCAAGAAGUUCACAAAGAUUGAGUUCAAGAAUGUCCCCAGGAUUCAGAACGAGUUCGUUGAUGCCCUUGCGACCCUAUCAUCCAUGAUUCAGCAUCCAGACAAGAACUACAUCGACCCUAUCGAGAUAGAGAUCAGGGAUCAACAUGCCUAUUGCUUCCAUGUAGAUGAAGAACCCGAUGGUAAACCAUGGUAUCACGACAUCAAGAAAUUCCUUGCAACCCAGGAGUACCUAGGGAAUGCUACUAAUGGUCAAAAGCGAGCCCUCAGGAGGUUGGCAAACCACUUUUUCCUCAACGGGGAAGUCUUGUACAGGAGGACCCCAGACUUAGGUUUGCUGAGAUGUGUAGACGCUGCUGAAGCAACCAGAAUGUUGGAAGAAAUACAUUUAGGGACAUGCGGACCCCAUAUGAACGGGUUCACAUUAGCCAAGAGAAUUUUGAGAGCUGGAUACUUUUGGAUGACUAUGGAAAGCGAUAGUAUCCGCUACAUGCAGAAGUGUCACCAGUGCCAGAUUCACAAAGACUUCAUCCGGGUUCCAUCAAAUGAGAUAAAUGUAAUGGGUUCACCUAGGUCGUUCGCCACUUGGGGCAUGGAUGUGAUUGGACCCAUAGAGACAGCAGCAUCAAACAGACAUCAUUUUAUCAUGAGCCUUAGCAAACUGCAAACUUCACCAACAAAGUCAAUUCGCAGCACUGCUCUAUCAUCGCGGACACCAGAAUAG